UGAUGACGCUCCUUUUCUCGUUCCUCUAGAUAUCUUUUGUAGUGGAAGCAAGAAAAUUGUGUUAUUUUGAGUAAUUUUGUCCGUAAUUUAUACAUUAGUCAGUUUUUGCUUGUAAUAAAUAGUGCAGCAGACCUAAAGAAUCCAUCGAAUCGUCCAGAGAAGCCCCUAAAAGUAAAAAAUCAAAAUGGUUGCUGAAAAAGCUGUAGAAAAAUCAGCUCCAAAAGCUGAAGAAAAGGUUGAAGAGAAGCCUACUGCAAAAGUAGAAGAGCCUGAAAAAAAGGUUGAAAAAGAGACUCCUGAAGCGGUUGCUGAAGCCAAAAAUGAUAAGGCAGAAGAUGAAAAACCAAAAUCCGAAGAAACAGCCGCCGAUACUGGCAAAUCCGAAGAUGCUGCAACGUUAAUUUUAUCAGCCGAAGAGGAAGCUGAAAUUUCUGCUCAAACCAGCGAAGAAGCUGUCAAAGAAACUCAAUCGGCUAAAAAACGUCCUCAAAAAAACGUCUGGGUAUCCAACAUAACCAGAGCUACCAAAGCAGCUGACUUGAAAAAGCUGUUCUCUGAUAAAUUCAAAGUCGAAACCGCUCGUAUAGUGACCAAUGGCAAAACAGUUUUCGGUUAUAUUUGCCUGGAAACGCCUGCAAUGGCCGAGAGUGCCGUCAAAGAGCUCAACAAUGCCACUUUGGACGGUAAGAAGGUUUGCGUUUCGCUUACCAGGCCGGACUUGCGCAGAAAUACUGACAGUAACAGUAGUAGGCGUGCUAGAGAUAGGAAAGAUAAUCGUUCGACUACUAAUGGAGUGAGCAAGAGCGGCGAUAAGAGUGAGAAGAAGAAGGACGAAGAGAAAAAGGGGUCGUCUAAAGCUGAAAAAGAUACGCAAGGAUCCGGCGGCACCAGCGUCAACAAUGACGACAAGAAAAAAGAAGAAAAUCCCACCGAAGAAUUGGCCAGGCUGCGCCGGCGCGACGCUAGACUCAAUCGGCUUGUGGAGGAACUCAAGACCGACGUGAAACGGCUCAACACCGAGCUGCAGAAUAACAGGAGGCGUCUGGCCAGCACCCAGAGACGUUUGGAUUUGGAGCGGGAACAAAAAAGCACCAUCAGGAGGGAGGUCCACACGUUGCAGGACCAGUUGAAGUCCGAAAAGAGGAAAUAUACCCAAGAGAUUGAGCUGUUGGAAAAGAAGAGGAAACUGGACGAGAUUAGGUAUCAGGAUGAUAGAGCCAUCUUGAGCAGAGAGUUGGACGAGUGCAGAAAAUUGCGAGAGUACUUGCAAAGGAAAAUCGACGAUGUCGCCAUGGUGAGGCACCAACGAGCCUCGCCGCCUCGUCGGUCCAGUUCCGACAAAAUUGCACGCGCCAGACAUUCAGACGGUAGACCGAACGCCCGCAGUCCACCCCCACCGCCCAAAAUCAACCCCAACAGACGUUCUCGCGAAAGAAGCCCCUACAAGGGAGGCAAAAAACCAAGAGUGGACGACCAUCACUCUUCUUAUGGUAGCAACCAUUACACUCCGAAUCCUUCAUCUUAUUCCGGCGGAGCCAAACCAUUGCUAGGUUAUCCGCCAUCAGGCAAUUCACAAAGAAUGCCUUCAUCGUUCAGUGGUUCCGGUUCCUAUCCGGAACCACACCGUUUUGGUUCUUCAGGAUAUCCACCAAGUGGUGGUUUUAUGGGAAGCGGUUCCAAUUCGAAUUCGUUGAUGGGAAGACCCAUGGGGUAUCCCAAUUCGUCCGGUGGACCGAGGAAAUAUUAGAUUUUAGUGUUUUAACAAUGUGUUGUUUGUAACAACGUGUAAGAUUAGAUUAAUAAUAAUUACUUAUAUCAUUUUCAUCACAAAUGGGUUUUGAAUUUUUAGUGUAUGAAUAUUAUUAUAAACUUUAGGUAGAGUUUAAGGUAGUUUGUGUGGAAAGAGGUUUUCCAAAAUAGUAGCUUGUAUAUAUUAUUGUCGUCAAUAAAGUAAUUUCCAGCCCGAA